AUGUCAGCCCCACCCUACCAUCAACACGGCGAUUUCUACGAUAGACCUGCACCUCCACCUCUGCCACACCACAUUGAAACAAACAGAGACUCGACAGACCGCUACCCAAUGAAUGAUAUUCCAGUAAAUUCACCUUCGCCUUAUCCAGUCUAUAGUCAACAGAACAACAGCUCUUUAACAGCUGUUCCAUCACCACCUACACAUCGCUACAGUGAUCAAUCAGAUAUGAAAUUCAUGGAUCACUAUGAUUCGGACGAUGAUUUGGAAAAGAUCAUUCCUCGUGAAAAGAAGAAGAGAACAUGUAUGGAUAAACUCUGCUGUGGCUGCUGCACAUGCUGCCCCAAAUGGGCUCGUUGGUGUAGUUGCAUAUUCUUGAUCAUCAUUAUUAUCAUUGCUAUUGUUGUCGGUGUCUUGGCGGCUUUGUUUAAGGUUCCAAAUGUCCAAUUUACCGGGCUUAAACAGGAUCCCGUCUAUGGCUAUGCCAACAAUGUGCUCAGCAUGACAUUUGAUGUCGGUAUCAGUGUGGAUAAUCAAAACUUGGAGAGCAUCACAUUCGAAACUAUCAAGGCAGAUGCUUAUUACCCUGCCCCUUACAAUGUCUUUAUUGGAGGUGGUAACAUUACAAAUACACACAUUGCCUCUUAUGCCAUGACCAACAUCACCUUCCCAUUCUCGGUCAAAGUCAACUCAUCAGAUCCUGGACAACAAGGUGUAUUGAUGGAUUUGGUCACUCGAUGUGGUCUCGAUGGAAGCACACCACAAAAGAUUAACUUUGAUUAUUACAUUUACCCCACUGUGCGUGUUGCUGGUAUUGCCAUCACACCAAAGAUUUCUAAAUCAAUGUCGCUUGCAUGCCCGACAUCCGAAUUAAAUCAACUAUUGGGUGGUUUAUUCACAAAAUAA